AUGCCACGCAAAAUUCAAAGCUAUUGGAUUGCUGAAAGCAUAAAAAAUAAAUCAUUUGAAGAUCACUAUACACUGGGGAAAGAGCUUGGCAGGGGAUCCACUGCAAGAGUAUAUAAAUGUACUGUCAAAGGGACUGAUCAGGCUUGGGCAGUUAAGGUCAUAGAUAAGAAAGUUGAGAUGAAGCCGGUGGUCGCAGAGAUAGGAAUACUGCUAAGACUAGAUCAUCCAAAUAUUAUACGCAUGAAAGAAGUGUAUGAAACACUGGAGUGCGUAUAUAUUGUACUGGAGUUAGUAACAGGCUCAGAACUGUUUGAAAGAAUUGCUAAUGAAGAAUAUUACUCUGAGGAGCAGGCAGCAACGGCAGUGAGAGACAUAAUAACUGGUGUAGAAUACCUUCAUAAUCAUGAUGUGGUCCAUAGAGACUUGAAGCCAGAAAACAUCCUCUGUGAGAAUCCCUCCCAGGAAUCAAAGCUAAAAAUUGCCGAUUUUGGACUUUCUACAAUUGUCAGUGAUAAGGUUGCUAUGACGACUGUGUGUGGGACACCAGGGUACUGUGCUCCUGAGGUGCUGAAGGGUGCCAAGUACUUUAAAAGUUGUGAUAUGUGGAGUGUCGGUGUCAUCACAUACAUUCUAUUAUGUGGAUAUGAACCAUUUUAUGAUGAGAAUCAGAUGGCCAUGUUCAAGAAAAUUCUGAAAGGAGACUACACAUUCGAUUCGCCAUGGUGGGAUGAUGUCAGUGACAAUGCCAAAGACCUUGUGAGGAAAUUGUUGGUUGUGGAUCCAAAGAAGCGUUUGACUGCAGCAGCUGCUUUAAAACAUGUUUGGGUCGCAGGAAUAGCCAACAGACGAAAUCACAAAGAAGGCACAGUUGAGAAGAUCAAAGAAUUCAAUGCCAGACGAAAACUCAAGUUUACCACUGAUGCUGUGAUGGCCAUUGCUGGAGCCACAAGAAAGAUGCAACUCUUAGAUCUUCUUGUCCCAGGUGAAGACGUCGAGACUUCAGAGGAACAAAGGAUGAAAGACAAGUGA